AUACGGAUCGUACUGCUUCUACCAGCGAAACAGCACUCUGAAGAUUAAGCAGAAGCACACACGCAAGGGACAGAAAUGGGUCGCUAUAGCGGUAAAACAUGUCGCCUUAUUUUUAUGCUGGUAAUCACCGUGAUCUUUUUCCUCGCAGAGAUAGUGGCAGGAUACGUGGGCAACUCCAUCGCACUCGUGUCGGACGCCUUUAACAUGCUCUCGGACAUCAUGUCGCUUUGUGUCGGCCUGGCAUCGUCCCGCAUCUCUCGCCGCGCAGGUUCGGGUCGCUCCACUUACGGAUACGUGCGGGCCGAGGUCGUCGGCGCACUGGCCAACGCGGUGUUCCUGGCCGCCCUCUGCUUCUCCGUCUCCGUGGAGUCGCUUAGAAGACUCGGUGAACCGGAGCCCAUCGACGACCCGCUUUUGGUGCUGACCGUCGGAGCCCUCGGUCUGGCGGUCAACGUCAUUGGACUUUUAAUCUUUCAGGAUUGCCGGUGGUGUCGCGGGAAAAAGGGAGAGACUUCUGAGAGGGAUGGAAGCGAUGGAAAAGGCGUCGUGAACGGGGAAGCAGGUGCUCUUAUUUUGCAACGGUUCCCGUAUUUUCAGUCCAAAACGCGCGUUCGAGCCCAGCCGGCUGAUUCUCAAUCAAAAGAAAAGAAUCAGCAGGAAGGCCAACCGCUCAACAUAAGAGGAGUUUUGCUCCACGUGCUGAAUGAUGCACUGGGCUCGGUGGUGGUGGUGGUGACCUCCACCCUGUUUUAUGUGUGGCCCUUGGGCCCAGAUGCCCCCUGUAACUGGCAGUGCUACGUGGACCCCGCACUGACGCUGAUCAUGGUCGCCAUCAUCAUGUCUUCCGCGGCCCCUCUGGUGAAAGAGACCACGAGUAUACUACUGCAGAUGAGCCCCCCUGACUUGCCCCUUACCAGAAUAGUGGACGACGUGUGUCAGUUGCCCGGGGUGAUCAGUAUCCAUGAGCUCCACGUGUGGGAGCUAGCCAAGGACCGCAACAUCGCCACCUUGCACGUCAACGUCAGCGCCGAGCUCCAGGACUUCACCAGCAGCACCAGGACCCUCCACGCCCAGAUCCGCGAGGUGUUCCACAAGGCCCGAGUCCACAGCGUCACCGUCCAGAUGGAGUUCGGCCAGGCCGACCAGGAGGGGAACCUCUGCAGCACCCCUUGCGUGUCCGCCGACUGCCUGAAAAACUCUUGCUGUCCAGGUGACCCGAAAGAAACGGGCCGUAAUGUAAAGCUGUCCUGCCCCUCCACUGAGGUCGCUGUCAACAUGGAGGGCAUGCAGAACCUGUUGGGAGGAUACAGAGGGACAGAAGACAAAAACUGCCAAAUCACAAUGUUUUAAGCCCAGGAGGAUUAGGUUUUCUCAGACCAGAACACGGCUUGUUCCUUGACUAAAGCCGAUUCAGCAAGAAGAAUCCCCUCUGAUUCUUUUCAGCUUUUAGCCAAGGAAUAUGGCUGAUGUGUCUCUGAGAAGCUAGCCCAAAGAUUACCCACCAUGCACCUCAGGGAGAGUAGGCCCUCCACAACUGCUGUAUUUAUUAACUUUUACUGUGAAGGUCCAUGGACUUUGUGGUUAGUCUUUAAGAAAUUUCAAUCUGCCCCUCCAGGACCCAGAUGGCCUUGGUGCUUGUAAGCAGUGCUGACAAAGCGGGAGAUACAGAUGUGUAUCAUUUAGACCAAAGGUGCUGUGUAUUUAUUAGAAAUUAUUACUGUACCAAACUUUCUGAAGCCCAGCAGAGAGGACUUUGGUCAAAACACCAUUUUAAGCCUCAGUGAAGGAUUACUACCAUAUUACUAGGUUUGGGAUUAUCAUCUUGUGUCAAC